AUGUCCAGCCAGACGAGAACCCUCGCCGGCUACACCAAGACCAAGUUCCAGCUGAACACCGGAGCCGAGAUCCCGGCCAUUGGGUUCGGAACGUGGCAGGACAAAGAAGCGCAAGAAGAUGCCGUGUUUGAAGCCUUGAAGGUCGGCUACCGCCACAUCGACACGGCGCGCGUCUACGGCACCGAGCCCGGUGUGGCCCGGGGCAUCCAAAAGAGCGGCGUGCCGCGCAGCGACAUCUUCAUCACCACCAAGCUCUGGAACAACGCCCACCACCCGGACGACGUCGAGAAGGCCUGCGACGCCUCCCUCCACGAUCUCCAGACCGACUAUGUGGACCUGUAUCUGAUGCAUUGGCCUAGCCCGUUCGCCCGCAGUGACAAGCUGUUUCCCAAGGAGGGCGACAAGCUCCUCCCCGGCGACACCGACUACGUCGACACCUACAAGGCCAUGGAGAAGCUGGUGGAGAAGGGCAAAUGCAGAGCCAUCGGCGUCAGCAACUUCUCCCAGGCCGAGCUGGAGCGUCUACUCAAGGAGACCUCGGUCGUCCCGGCCGCCCAUCAGCUCGAAUGCCAUCCGUACCUGGCCCAACCGAAGUUCGUGCAGUGGCACAAAGAGAAGGGCAUCCACGUCACGCAGUACUCGCCCUUCGGCAACGCCAAUCCCGUCUACGACAAAGGGAAGAACAUCCCCAAGCUGAUCGACGACCCGGUCCUCACCGACAUUGGGAGGAAGUAUGGCAAGAAUGGCGCCCAGGUGGCUCUGGCAUGGGGCAUUGCAAAGGGCCACAGCGUGAUUCCCAAAUCCAAGACCCCGGCGCGCAUCCUGGCCAAUUUUGAGGCUGACUUCAAGCUGGAGCCGGAGGAAGUGCAGAAGAUCGACACCCUCGACAAGCAACUGAGGUUCAAUGAUCCCACGGAGUCGUUUGGAUGGAACUUCUAUGCCGACCUGGACGGGAAGAAAUAG